UGCCUCGCCUGGUCUUUGUACCCCAUCCCGCCAUGCUCGCCCGAAGCGCAGUGCCCUCGGCUGCGCCAGCGACGCCGACGUUGGCAUCGGCUCGCCGCGCGCAGCGAACGCCGCGAAGGGCCUGGGGCGCUGGAGGCUGCUGGCCAUGGGUGGCAGGAUUUUCGGCCCUGGCCUCGCAGAUGAGGCCUGGCCCCAAGAGCAGCCAGGCGCUCCGGCGGCUGGGCCGAAUGGCCAUGUCUUCCAAGCUGUCCGGAACCAGGCGAGGCCUUAGCCUGGGCAUCGCAAGUGCAGGACUCGCAGGCCCUGCCACUGCGGAAGCCCCGGCUCCUGCCGAACCUAUGCGACAGCUCUUUCGGGUGGCGCCUGCAGCGAGUGGGUCAGCCCCCAAGAAGCUGUCGAGGACCUCAAGUGAGUUCCCUCAAGAAUUAGCAGAUGACUGUGAUGUCGUGAUCCUGGGGGAGCAUCACAACAGCAGCAGUGACCACUCCAUGGAAGCGGACUUCACACGAGAGUUCACGAAGGAGCGGGGCCGGCGUGCAGGCAUUCCGCCAGCGGUGGGGCUGGAGAUGGUGGAACAACAGUUUCAGCCAAUCUUGGACAGCUUUGGCCGGGGAGAGAUGACUGUGAAGGACUUGUAUGAAGCCACGGAGUGGUCCAAAAGAUGGGUUUGGCCUUUCGAUUUGUAUGCGCCAGUCUUCGAGGCAGCACGGCAGAACGGAUCCCCGCUCGUGGCGCUGAAUCCGGCGACAGAGGUGCGUCGCCGGCUACCUCUUGAAGGCUUGAGAGCACUGACACAGGAGGAUCGUGGCUUGUACCUCCCAGAUGCUGUCGGGUUUGCGGCCACUUUGCGUGAACCAGCCUUUCGGAGCUAUGCAGACCUGGUAGUGAUGCCCAGCUACGACACGCAUGUGGCUGGGGAAUGGCUAGGCAGCCGUGACGAGACGGUGGCGACGCCCCAGAACUUCCUCAGCGCACGCGUCUUCAGAGAUGAGGCCAUGGCCUAUGCAGCCUGGCGAUAUCUGAACAAAGACCAGCGCCGUGGCAUGCUGCUGAUCGUUGGCUGUGACCAUGUGAGAUAUGACUUUGGCAUCCCUGCACGGCUGAAGCGCUUGGGCUCUGGAAGCACGCGUUGGCAGGCAGAAAGGCCGUUGCUCCUGCAUUCCGCGAAGUCGGCGACCAGUGCGGUUCAGGGGCAGCUGGCGGCGGGGGAAGUGUUUCAAGCAGAGGCAGAUGGGGAAGCGCUGAAGCUGCAGGACCAGCGCGGUUUCGUGCUGCCGGACAAGGACACUGGUGCUUUCCCAUGCUCCUUGGUUGAGGGCCGCAAGCUGAAGAUCACCACGGUGCUGCUGAACCCCACUGCCCAGGAAGUGGCGCAUCGCCUUGCGACAGAGCUCUCCCUCUGCCUGCCACUGAUCUUUGGUCGCAUUGUUGCAAAAGAUCCGGGAUUUCACCUACAGCAUCAGCCUGUGUCGAUGUUGCAGGCCUCGCGACCGGCGGACGCCCCCAAUGGUACCUGCCGGCAGAGAACACCCAGGGCCCAGCGUUGGCAGACUAUAUUUGGGCAGAAGCCUAGGUCUUGAUGUGCGUGGCAGAAACUCACGCAGAAUUGUGUCUGAAUGAGCGAGGUGUCCUCUGCAGUGGUGUUCACAACAGACCUGGG